GCUGAAACCAGUGGCUUGAUACAUGACGGUUCUUUUCACUCUUAACCCCAAGCUCCCCAUUAAGGCCCUGCCUCACCUUCCUAGGUAUUAUUUAGACCCUCCCAUCCCCCUCAAACGCCGUGCCGACUAGUUGUCAAGGAAACAUGGUCGUCCAGUUCUGCGACGAUUGUGGUAACCUUCUGGAUGAAUCAUCCGAUGACACUCUUAAAUGUGGGAUAUGUGGAAAGACCGCUAAGAACAUGGCAAUACAUCAUGCGCAGGUAUCCACAUCGGAAAAUUUCCCUUCAAGGCUCAGGAACAGACUAAAAUCGAAUACGCAAGAGGUGACUUAUAAAAUUAUUGGGAAGGGUCCGUCCAUUGACAUGGCAUGUGUCAAAUGUCCUUCUAGGGAGGUGACCUAUGCCCAGGUCCAGUUGCGGAGUGCAGAUGAGGGAAGUACUAUCUUCUAUACCUGUGCUAAAUGUGGACAUAGAUGGCAGGAGGAUAAUUGAGGCGACAUUGGAACACUUCUUCUGCCCGAGGAUCAGAAGGUCAUCAUCGUCGGCUUAUGACUCUGAUUUCACGAGGAUUUUACGAAUGGCAUGGGGCCUAUGCUUUGUCCAAGCCAAUCCCUGCAUGGAGCU